AUGGACAACGAGUGGCAGCUGAACAGUAACAAUGAACAAGGCAUGGGCCUCAACCCUGGAAACGAGACCGCCUACCCGAACUGGAUCAACCACAUGGAAGAAUACGAUAUUGAUGCUCUCCUGGACGCCGAGGACCAUGUGAACACUGAUCAGGAUGAGGAUGACGAGGAACACCACCACGAUGGAUCGAAAUCAUCCAAGCGUGGGAAGAAUCGCUUCACUGCAAAGCAGAUUGAACAACUUGAAUCUUUGUUCCAAUUGUCUGCCCACCCAGAUGAUCCGACGCGCCAGGAACUUGCUGACAAGAUUGGGUUAGAGGCAAGGCAGGUCAAGUUCUGGUUCCAAAACCAACGCACUAAGACUAAGGCGAAGGCAGUUGGAGAUCAGAACAAGGACAUUAAGCAAGAAAAUGCUCAGCUGCACGCGGAGAACAUGAAACUGCAGCAAACAUUAGCAUGUGGCAGAUGUCGUGACCCAACAGAGCACAAAUGGCACCUGCUGAAUGAAAAUGCAAGGCUAAAGGAUACGAAACGCCGUGCCCAAGAAUACCUGAUCAAGCUCAUCCAUGAUUCAAACCUUCCUCACUCUGAGACACUGGAGCAUCUGGAAUCAGCUUCCCUGAACCUGGUGCCAUUCGACGACAAUGGCAGCACUUACCAGGCCACACUUCUCUCAUACGCUGAACGUGCCUUGAACGAGUUUAUGAUGUUAGCAGUGAAGGAUGAGCCGAUGUGGCUGCCUACCAUCAAUGGCAAGAUGCUACACAACCAGGAGUACAAUUGUCGCACGUGCCCAGGACUACUUGGCCCCUGCCCGCAGGGGUUUGUCAUGGAGGCCACCAAGCAGACUACCACAGUCAGGGGUACCGCCUCCGACCUCGUUGCCAUGCUCACUGACGUGUCAUGCUGGUCCAAGAUGUUCCCUGGUAUCAUAGAAAGUGUAAGGGCUAGCAAGGUUGUCUCCAGUGGCAUUUCAACUUCGCGCGACGGGCUAAUUCAGGAGGUUCAUUGCUUGUUCAAGGCUUUAUCCAAAAAUAUGCUUUUAAGUACAAUUUCCAUGGUGGUGCUACUCACAGCGUGCUCCAAGAAGGCUCACGUCCUCGUCGCCGUCACGUUGCUGGUGGCUCUCCUCGCCAAGGUUGCGUCGGCGGGCAGGGGCGACCUCCCGAUGGCAGAUGUCUAG